GCUGAGAAUCACAAUCAAAACAUUCACUCAUUUUUGCUUUCGGUUUCAUUUGACUCAUUCACACCUAUUUAUACCAAUUGUUUGUCUGUUUAUAACAAUUCAUUUCAAUUAAUAGUCAAUGAAUGCCAUAAAUAUAGUGUAAAUGCAGUGAAAGUCCAUGAAUUGAAUGCAAAUAUGUUUCCCUCAUUUACACUCAUUAUAAGCGCUAUAUUUACCGUAUAUAUCCUUCACUCCAUUCAUACCAUCUAUAAGUUAUAUAACCCUCAAGAAUGUGACCACAAGACCGAGUUAUGUCUUAACCCUUCCUUCACUCGCAAAGACAUCUUCACUCUAUAUCUGUGUACAUCACCCGAUGAGCACCCGUUGGGACACAAGUUGUCGUGUAUUCACCAAAACAGUCACUUCUCGCUCAUUGAAGACCACAAACUUUCACUAUCAGUAUCACUGCCACCGCAGACAAUACGCAACGGUUCCCUAUAUUUGCACGCAGUGUUGACAACACUGAAGAACUACAAAGAAAUCAAUAGAGAAGUGAUUUUACAAUCGCUGGCGGACACUAUUUUGAUGCGAUCACCGAAACGGUUCAAAUCCAAUGGUCUGAUGGCUGUCUUCGACGGCUUGCGGCCACUCUUGAGCUGUGUUUUCGGCAUUUGUGUCAAUCUAUAUAUCCUUCACUCCAUUCAUACCAUCUAUAAGUUAUAUAACCCUGAAGAAUGUGACCACAAGACCGAGUUAUGUCUUAACCCUUCCUUCACUCGCAAAGACAUCUUCACUCUAUAUCUGUGUACAUCACCCGAUGAGCACCCGUUGGGACACAAGUUGUCGUGUAUUCACCAAAACAGUCACUUCUCGCUCAUUGAAGACCACAAACUUUCACUAUCAGUAUCACUGCCACCGCAGACAAUACGCAACGGUUCCCUAUAUUUGCACGCAGUGUUGACAACACUGAAGAACUACAAAGAAAUCAAUAGAGAAGUGAUUUUACACAGAAGCACAUCCACUGCCACCACAUCUCUCACCAGAUAUGCCUUAAAAGAGACCAAAGCCUUCAAUUUGCUUAACAGACAAACAGAAGAUCCAAAUGAAAAGCCGUCGAAGAAUAAGAAGUUGACUGACCGUCCCGUCACUCAUUGGAAACCAAAGAUCACAUUAAACAUCAUUUCAGAACCUCUUUCGCUGUCCAGACGAGCCCUUCCCGGAGAGAUCGCACACCUCUUGAAACUCAACGAAAAGACGGAAUAUUUGCCGAUUGUAUACAUCAGUGAAGUUAGACAACGACUCAAAGAAUUAUGGCCCGUCAAUGAGACGAAUCCAGUGAUGCCUUUGGAAGUGGUUUAUGAGCCGACGUCUAUCGGAAAACUCAGAUUUAUGAUAAUCAUUGAGUCGUCGCUCAAAUCAAUGGCUAAAAUGGGUUUCACUGAAUCGGAUUCCGAUGACAUUAAAGGCGUUUUCUUCGACACAAAUAUUUAUUUAUUACUUUUGACUAUUUUUGUCACUUCAUUCCAUGUUUUGUUUGAUUUCCUGGCCUUUAAGAAUGACAUCCAGUUUUGGAGACAUCGAAAGUCAAUGGAAGGCCUGUCUUUCAGUUCUCUUCUAUGGAGAUGUGUUUCACAAUUUGUGAUAACUCUGUAUCUGUUGGACAACAAGACCUCGUAUUUGGUGUUAAUUCCAUCAGCAAUAGGAACAGUGAUUGAAUUGUGGAAACUUAAGAAAGCCUUAAAAGUAGAGAUCAAAGGAUUCAAACUUUCAUUCAAAGGUCGGACUGAGGCUGAAAAGCAGACCGAUUCGUAUGACUCGACUUUUAUGAAGUAUUUAUCACUCUAUGUAUUGACACCACUCGUGAUCGGAGGCGCCGUUUACUCCAUUCUAUACACACAACACAAGUCCUGGUAUUCUUGGUUGAUCCAAAGCGCAGCCAAUGGUGUCUAUGCUUUUGGCUUUUUAUUUAUGUUUCCGCAACUGUUUAUAAAUUAUAAACUCAAGUCUGUGGCACACCUGCCGUGGAGGGCAUUCAUGUAUAAGGCGUUCAAUACAUUUAUCGACGAUUUGUUUGCAUUUCUAAUUACAUCACUUCCGACGGCCCACAGAGUGGCAGCAUUUCGUGAUGACGUGGUGUUUGUCAUAUAUCUCUACCAGCGCUGGUUGUAUCCGGUGGAUCAAACUCGAGUCAAUGAAUUCGGCGAAAAGGCUGAAGAUUCCGAACACAAGAAAACUAAUUAAUUAAUCGUUUUUUAACUUAUUUUCAUAACGUCUUUCAGUUUAUAUUUGAAAGUAUUUUAUAAAUUUUAAUAUUAUAAAGAAUUAUAAAAAUUUUGCCUAAAGUUUUAUAUAUGAAUGUUUGUAUUUGUUAUAAAAAUAAGUAUUAAACGAAUAAAUUUACAUUUUGAGUACAA